UGCAUCUGACAAGCUCGUGCAGCCUUGCGUCAAAGCGCGCGCCCACAGCUCCACACGCACCAACACACACUCUCCUUACUGUUAUUAUUAUUAUUAUUAUUAUCAUUAGCAGCAUCUGUGAGCAUGUCGCGCGGAAUAAGAGCAUCGUCUCUGGGCCCGGAAGCGCGUUUGGGUCGUGCGCGCAGCCCGGUGCGCUUCGGUGCGGGUUUUAACAGCCCGAGCAGCACCGGAGGCGCAAUGCAUCCCGGAGAGGAAAAACAGACCAUGCGCGGGCUGAACGAGCGUCUGGCGGGGUACCUGAGCCAGGUGAGGCUGCUGGAGGAAGCCAACAGCAAACUGGAGGCGCAGAUUAAGGAGGUUUUAACGGAGAGGCGCGCAGCAGGACAGAGAGACUGGAGCAGCUAUGAGAAAGCUCUCUCCGCCCUGAGAGACCAGGUGAAAGAAAUGACGAUGGAAAACGCUCGCCUCAUGCUACAGAUCGAUAACGCCAGACUGGCUGCUGAUGACUUUAAAGUCAAGUUUGAGGCUGAGAUUGCUGCCCGCCAGGGAGUUGAAAAGGACAUCACAAGCCUCCGAAAGAUAAUCGACGACACACACAUGAGCCAAAUGCAACUGGAGAGCGAGGUUGAGUCUCUGACGGAGGAGCUGUUAUACCUGAAAAAGACUCAUGAAGAGGAUGUUGCGAACGUGAAAGGUCAGAUCAGAGAUGCCAGUGUUGACGUGCAGAUGGAGGCGGCGAAGGGCCAAGACCUCAGCGAGACAAUCGACAAAAUCCGCCAGCAAUAUGAAAAAGCGGCACAGAAGAACCAUGAGGAGACUGAGGCCUGGUACCAAGCCAAGUUUGAAAACAUCUCAGCGGAGGUGAGCAGGAACACUGAUGCUCUCCAGCAGGGACAGAGCGAGCUGAAUGACCUGCGCAGACAGAAGCAAGGGCUGGAGAUUGACCUUCAGGCCAUGCAUAGCAUGAACCGCUCUCUGGAAGACACACUGAACGACACGGUGGGACGUUACUCCCGAAACGUAAACAGUCACAACAUGGUUAUCCAGCAGCUGGAGGCGGAGCUUGCGGAUGUCCACGCCCAGGUGACGAGGCAGGGGUCGGAGUAUCAGGCUCUGCUUAACAUCAAGAGUAAACUGGAGGAAGAGAUCACCACCUAUCACAGUCUUCUGGAAGGCACAGGGCUGCCCUCCAACGGUAUCACCGAUUCUGGAUUGCCUGAAAAUGGUGAUUUUAGAGGCAUGGGAGCACAAGAGGUCAAUAUCAAGAAUAUUGGCCCACCAGAAGAUAUUAAUGUCAACAAUAAUGGUGCAUUUGAAGAUGCUAAUAUUGGAGGCAAUGCUUUGGGUGGAUAUGAUGAAAGUGUGGAGUUUUCAUUAGCGCAGGCUCUGAGUGCUGGGCCCCGUUACAUGAUUCCUGACACGACACUCAAUAAUGAGAUUGUGGAAGAAGAGAUGAUCACUCAGAAGGACCUGCAGCUGAACGCUGCCAACACUGCCAUGAACAAGCAGUACGAUCAACAAGAAGCUAGACAAGGAAUGGAAGAAGACCCAGUCAUCCUAGAGGAAAUGAAGAAGGAGGAGGAGACAGUGAACCCGGUGGUGGAAAUUCAGGUGGAGAAGAAGGAAGAGGAGGAGGAGACAGUGAGCCCACUGGUGGACACUCAGGGGGAGAAGGUGGAGGAGGCAGUGAGUCCUGUAGUGGACACCCAGGUGGCGAAGGUGGAGGAGGCAGUGAGUCCCAUGGUGGACACCCAGGUGGAGAAGGUGGAGGAGGCAGUGAGUCCCAUGGUGGACACCCAGGUGGAGAAGGUGGAGGAGGCAGUGAGUCCCAUGGUGGACACCCAGGUGGAGAAGGUGGAGGAGGCAGUGAGUCCCACGGUGGACACCCAGGUGGAAAAGGUGGAGGAGGCAGUGAGUCCCAUGGUGGACACCCAGGUGGAGAAGGUGGAGGAGGCAGUGAGUCCCACAGUGGACACCCAGGUGGAGAAGGUGGAGGAGGUAGUGAGUCCUGUAGUGGAGACUCAGGUGGAGAAGGUGGAGGAGGCAGUGAGUCCUGUAGUGGAGACUCAGGUGGAAAAGGUGGAGGAGGCAGUGAGUCCUGUGGGGGACACUCAGGCCAAGGAGGAGAUGGAGUUAAAACCUUCUGUGGAGAACAUGAAUCCAGAGGAGGAGAAGGAGAAACAAGAAGGGGAGAAGCCUGAGAACGCAGAGGCGGUGAUUUUACAGAAUGUGGAAGAGUGAUGUUUCCACUGCAGUGUUGCACAAUGUCCUCAGUGGAGUCAGUUUUAAAUUACUGCCUUAAUCUCUUUCUUUCUAUAUUUCUCUCUCUCUCUAAAGUGUGCAUGUCUACCUGUUGUCUCUGUUCAACAAUAAAAGAAGUGUGACUUCUGAACUCUAAA